GUAUGGACAGUACGGGGUUAAACAAGCUACAUGUCAUCACUAGCAGCCGGCAUUACCUUGGUUAGGCUCGUCCUACCGUUACGUCAUAGAGAGGCGCUCAAGGAAGCGACACGAGCAGUUCCAUGCUUGUGUUGUACUAGCCUGGAACGAAAACAGUUAUCAAAAUGUUUAACUGUGAUGAAGACCUUAACGCUUAUGAGGAUGAAUUGUACCAUGAAGAGACAUCCAGCGAUGAGAGCAUUGACAGUGAAUUGGAAUUCCACCUCUACAGUCAAGUGCAUUAUUCUCAAAAUCUCAGUGAAUCCAAACCCGAAGAGGAUACUGGUAGGGAUAGUGUAGCAUGUGUGCCAGGUGCCAAGCAACAGAAGAAUGCUAGUACAGACAAAGAUGGUAAACAAGUAGAUCUUAUUAUUUUAUCAGAUAGUGAUGCAAAGGUUUCAGACACCUCUCCUGACAUAAUCUUGUCUGACACUGCAGAAGAAGACAGUGUAUAUAGUAGUAAGAUAAAAAAGAAGUCUUCCAGUAUUUAUGUACAAGAAGAGAAGUCACUGUGUGGUCCAUGCUCCCAUUCUACUCCCAAAGUUUCCACACCUGAAACGAAUCAUUUUAAAAGUCAGAGGUCCUGCCAACAUAGUUCCAGAAAAAGCUACAGUCGUGGAUAUGUCCAAGAAGUCCUAGUGAUAAGGGGAAGUUCAGAGGAUGAAGAAGCCAACAAAUCAGAGGAAGAUCUCAGUAUGCCAGAAAGUGACAUGAGUGAUGUCGAAAACUGGAUGCUGCUUGGGAGGGCAAAAGAGGAAGGAGAUGCAAGUAUUCAGCUCAACCUUGAAGGCUAUAAAAUCUUAUCCAGCGAUGAAGGAGAAAGAGGAGCGGAAUGGUCCAUUAGUGAAAAGGAUUCAGAGGCCCAGAUUGCCAACUAUACUCCUCUAAGGCGGUUCAAUCGCUAUUAUGCAGACAAGAAUAUUGUGUGUAGAAACUGUGAUAAACGGGGACAUUUAUCCAAAAACUGCCCUGUUCCUAAGAAACUGCCAGCCUGUUGCCUCUGUGGUGAGAGAGGGCACCGCCAGAAUGCUUGCCCAUCACGGUAUUGUUUAAACUGCCUUUUGCCGGGGCAUUUCUUUAAGGAAUGCAUUGAGCGAGCUUACUGGAAGAAGACUUGCCAUCGUUGUUCAAUGACAGGUCACUAUUCUGAUGCUUGCCCAGAAAUCUGGAGACAGUACCACCUAACAAUUAAACCAGGACCAAUCAAGAAACCUAAGUCAUAUACUGGCCAAAAGGAUAUUGUUUACUGCUGCAACUGUGCUAGGAAAGGACACUGUAUUUAUGAAUGUAAAGAAAGGAGGAUGAAUAGUGAUCACUUCCCUACUUGUCAGCUUGUGUUUUCUUAUGACCAUGAAAAUGAUAUCUGGAAAAGAAAUGAGCGAGCAAAAAAUAAGAUUAAAGAUCUCCAAGAAGCUGGCCUUCUCACAUGCGAGAUAAGAGAAUAUAAUGAAAGCAAGGAAGAUGCUAAGCCACCAUCCAGGAAAAGGAAGAACAAACAUCCUAGUAAAAAAGAGAAACAAGUUACUGACCAAUGUGCAGAGACAAAACAAAUGAAGAAGCAUAAGAAAAAAAAAUCUGGCCUUCAAGAAACAGAGGGGGAUUACCCCCGUGAAAUUCCUAACCCUUACUUGGAACUUGAAAACCGUUUAAAGAAGUAUGAUGAAAUGAAAGAGUUAUAUAGAAAUCUCCGGAGGAAGAAACUCAAGGGCAAAAGAGGAGGCAGUUCUGCUGUUGAACAGGAUUUACUUGUAAUUAAACAGAAGAAAAAGAAAUCAAAAAGAAAAGUAGCACAAAGCAGCACAGCAUAAAUGGGUGCAACUGAAUAUGAAUGUGUUGAGACUUUUUCUCAUUAUCUGCAGAAACACAACAUAUUGUUGAAAUGCUCGUUUCUCUCUGCCCUGACAUAGAGAACACAUAUCCUUUGGAAGAAAGUUCAUAAAUCGAAACCUUAUUAAAGAUGUUAAGAUCCAAGUUCAUUUCACAUAUAAGAACUCUUUGAGCUGGUAUUUUAAAUAAACUAUACAUAUUUUAUUUUAAUGUAUUUUAUAUGUGGGUAUUGAUUGUUAAUACUGUACUGCAAGAAACCACCUCAUAAUGAGGGAAAACCUGUAGGUAAUAUUGUAUGUGCUGCUUCUAUUUAUGCACAAAUAUAGACUGAACAUAUGUUGUUUUACCACUCAUUGGGGCAAAUUUACUAAAGCGCGAAAAUUCGCUAGCGAAGGAGAUAGACUGUAGUGCUACU